AUGAACUCAAGUCUGGCUCUCAGGGAGCGUCGCCGGAGUCUAUGGGCCGAGUUUCACUCUCUGGCGGAGACCCAUGCCCCAACGUGUCGCUUCCCCGAAAUAUCGAACGCCGUUGAGCGUCGGGAGUUCAGCACGGAUGGCCGGUCACGACCAGAUAUGAUCGCAAAUACACAGGUGAUAGAAGCAUCGAUGAAGGAAGCGCAUGACGGGUUUGUUCACGGCAUUAAGACUACGGAAUACACCCAAGUCCACAUCCCUGGAACCGAAGGCAUCGUGUCCAGUACAACCAAGACUUACCUGCCCAUGUUCCUGGCGUCCCUACGCAUGUUGCGAUAUACGGGCUGUACUGUACCGGUUGAGCUGUUUCUGUCAGAUGAAUGGAAUUACGACGGGCAUCUGUGUGAGAGGGUGUUGCCUCUGUAUGACGCCUCCUGCAUCGUGCUGUCCAGGCUCUUCAACUCCAGCAACAAGGUGGACGUUCAACAUUCCCAACUCAAGGCCUUCGCCGUCCUGUUGUCUUCCUUUGAAAAUGUGAUAUAUAUGGACCCUUGGAGCCUCCCGACUUAUAGUGCGUCCACGGCCCGUCCUUGCGCCGAUGACAGCCUCACCACCUGGCCGGGCCACUGGGCCUCCACCGUGAAUCCGAUCUACUAUAAUAUCUCUGGCCAACCAGUCCCCAGCAUGGCGGCGCGCCCGGCGUCCGAUACUUCGGCAUUCUUCGUGUCGAAGCGAAGCCACCUCACGACGCUGUUCCUAAACGCGUACUACAAUUACCAUGGUCCGUCGUACUACUACCCCCUCUUCGGGCAGGGGGGCCCGGGAGACCCAGGGGGCGACUCCCUUCUACUCGCUGCAGCAGCGCUCGGACAAAGCUUUCUAAUGAUUCAGGACCCGGAAGCUGAUGUGGGUUACCAGGCCCUGGACGGUGAGUUCUACUCGUCCGCCGUCGUGCAAAUCGAUCCGCAAAACGUCAAUUUCCAUCGUGUAGCUUGUUUCCGAAACACCGAGACAAACCGACAAUCUUUCUUCAACUACACCGAGAAACAACUCGUUCGACGGGCUGACCAGCCAUUUUCGUUCUCAUGGUCAGGGCUGACCAGCAACAACAAGCUAUACCGCCUACGGACCCAGUGGGUGACGCCACAGGGCGAACUGUCGCGCUUGACGGAGGGUCCCGAGUGGGAUUAUUGGAAGAACAUCCAGUCGACCAACUGUCUCCUGAAAAGUGCGGUCAACGUGUGGAAGGCUGCCGCUGCCGAACAUUGGAAAGGGCUACAGAACGAUAUCUGCCUCUUGGCCCUGUGGUACUGGAAGAUGGCGUCUCGGCCAGUCACGAUUUCGUCGGCUACAUCGCACGGUUUGCCUGUUGGUUCACCGAAUAGUAUAUUGGAUACAGCUCUACCUCCUAUUUCCGAGAGACGCGAGCCUGUCACAAACUCGUCUGCUGUCUCACUUGAUUUGACUACUUCCUCACGGAAUAGCAUGCCGUAUUCAACCCUCCCUUCUAUCCCCGAGGUCCCCGAGCCCGACAGUGUUCCACCGUCUCCCCGAGAAGGUAGUGUGGAUGACCACUGUCUCUCCUGCUGUCGGGGCGCAUAUCGUCUUAACGGUCCAGGGGUAUUUUGA